CAGAGUGCUGUGGAGCCAUGGCGGCGGCUGAUGUGCGGACGGAGCUAGACUCGUUGCUCCUGCGGCUGCUCGCGGACCUAGAGGAGCUGGAGGCGAAGCGGGCGGCGCUGAACGCCCGGGUGGAGGAGGGCUGGCUCUCGCUGUCCAAAGCUCGCUACGCCAUGGGCGCCAAGUCGGUGGGGCCCCUGCAGUAUGCCUCCCACAUGGAGCCCCAGGUGUGCGUGUGCACCAGCGAGGAGCCGGACGGACUGCAGAAGUUCCGCGUGGUGAGGGCUGCGGCCCAGGCUCCGGAGGACGUGGGGCCCCGCGAGCCAGCUCUGCGCAGGCGCAAGGGCUUCACCAGGACCCCAGAGCCAGAGCCCUCGUCUGCCCCCCGAGACCCUCUGAACUGGUUUGGGAUCCUGGUUCCUCACAGCCUGCGGCAGGCCCAAGCCAGCUUCCGGGAGGGCCUGCAACUCGCUGCAGAGAUGGCCAGUCUUCAGAGCCACAUCAGCUGGGGGCACAGCCGGCUCCGGGAGCUCCAGGAGAAGGUCAAGCAGCUCGAGCUCGGGGCCGCCUGACCGUGGACAUGGAGGAAGGCCCCGGGUUCCACCGCCCUUCCUGCCCUGCCGUCUCCACCCCACCCGGCCAGCCUCCAAGUCCCUCUGGCCACACGUGUCUAACUGGGUCGGGUACAAAAGUUUGAAGACGUUCAGAGUCGCUCCUCCGGUGGUACCACCCCAGUCCUCGUUCUGGGACACCCGUGUCGUGCGGGGGGUGGACGGGGGGGGGGGCGUCCAGGCUGCCAGGUCCGUUUGUGCUGGGGAGCAGCAGAGCCCAGUCACACAGGAUGGGUCCUGGUGACGCGCUGCACAGCCUGCGGCGGAGGGACAGGUCGGUGCUUCGGGCUCACUCGUCCUCAGAACUGAUUCGAUGGGGGGGGUCGCGGCUAACAGAUGAGGGGGGAGUGAGCCCACAGGGAUAAAACACAAACGCCUGCACAGACGGGGCGUCCUCGGCGGGCUGUGAGUGAAAAGUGAACCAGAUCUGACCUGGGUUCUGAAACGACCUCUAGGAAGAGAACUCCCGGGUUUUUAAAAACCCGCCGUACCCAGGAGGUGAACCUCCGUGAUUUGUCGAAAAGCCGGUUGUUCCCCCGUUCGGGGAGCGCCGUGACCCCCCUAGUCUUCUUGUCGGGCGGUGGGGGUUUGCCCCAGUUCCCGAGGAGCCGACUUCUGUGCCGGGGGGAUGGGCCCUCAGUUCAUGACUUCAGUGAUGGAGACAGUCUUUCCUGCUUUGUUUUUCCACUUUGUUUAUGGUGUUUUUUAAAAAAGAAUUUUAUUGUAAAAUAAAAUACAUUCCAUUACUGAACCACACA